AUGGCGACAAAGUAUGCUUUCACUCAAGGCUUGAGAGAGCUUCGCUUCCACCUCAGCAAUUCAGGUCAGGGAAGUGAUGCUUGCAGAUCAUUCUUGAGACGAGCAUAUCCUACCAUGAAGCACCAUAACCCCAACAUCCCCAUUUUAAUACGAGAAGCCACAGGCGUUGAGCCAAAAGUGUGGGCAAGAUAUGGGUAUGGCAAAGAGAAGUCGGAGUCAUUAGCAGGUCUUUCAGACAAGGAAAUUGAAGACAAGGUUACGACACUGGUGAAGAGUGGCGAA